UGUAAGUUAAAUCUGAUUGGUGCCACAGCCGGGCUAAGUAGCGAAAUCAGGUUGGUGCUAGGGUGGAUACGGUUAGCGAACUUUCGUAUCAAACUUUAAAUAAGAGCAAAUACCACAAUAAUUGCUUUUCUUCUUUCUUUGUUUAACCUUUGCAACAUAUAAAUCGGAAAAUGUCAAUGAUACAGCAAGGUUCAAUGUUAGAGAUGUUGAAGAAAAAAAUGAAAGCAGUUAAAGAUGAAUUGGAAACUGCUAAAGAACAACUCGAAGAAACAGAGGCGCGGCUACAGGAGGAAGUACGGCGACGCGAGGAAGCUGAAAGUGAAGUGGCUGCACUCAAUAGAAGAAUUCAGUUGUUGGAAGAUGACCUGGAAAGGUCAGAAGAAAGGUUGAAAAUAGCUACGCAGAAACUGGAGGAGGCCUCCCAGGCUGCUGAUGAAAGUGAGCGACAAAGAAAAGCCUUGGAAAAUCGAACCAACCUUGAGGAUGAUAAGAUGUCUAUUUUAGAAGCAGAGUUAGGCCAAGCUAGACUAUUAGCUGAAGAGUCGGAUAAAAAGUAUGAAGAGAUGGCUCGUAGGAUUGCUGUGUUAGAAGCAGACUUGGAACGAGCAGAAGAAAGGGCACAUGGGGGUGAAAGUAAAGUUGUUGAUCUUGAAGAAGAACUGCGGAUAGUUGGAAAUAACCUGAAGUCUCUGGAAGUCAGUGAGGAGAAGGCUCUCCAAAAAGAAGAAUCAUAUCAUCAACAAAUUCGGCAAUUGUCAGACCGACUUCAGGAGGCUGAGGCCCGUGCUGAGUUUGCAGAAAGAUCCAUGCAAAAAUUGCAGAAAGAAGUAGAUAGACUGGAAGAUGAGUUGAUGGAAGAGCGAGAAAAAAGCCACCUUCUGCAGGAAGAGGUUGAAACAACCUUGAAAGACAUUGCCUCCAUGUGAUUGUUAGGCUUGCAGCAUGGUGAAAGAUGAACUGGUUCAUCAGAAGGAAAGAUACAAGGCCAUCUCGCAUGAACUGGACCAGACUUUUACAGAGCUUACUGGCUACUGAACAUCCUUCUUGCUUUACUGCCUUUGUAUCUAUAUACAUAUAUAUAUAUAUAAUUAUAAUUUUUUUUUUAAAUAUUAAUUUUACACGUCACUGUAUAAAGAUUGAAUGAAUCAUGUAAGUGAAUUGCUUUAGAUUCACACUAAUCUAUUGUCUAAUCGUGGUUUUGAUUUUAGGUAAAAAUCUGUGAAAUGAAGUUGCAGGAUUAAGUAAGAUAUUGAAAGAAUAAUAAUGACAAGAUAUCUGUCAAUAUCAUUGUCAAAUAAAUCUGCAAACUUUGGAUAUGCAAAGUUCUAUAGUUGCUUUUUAUUUCUAAGAAGAAUAAAUUUGUUUGUAUUUUUUUUUGUUUGCAAAAACAUCCUUUGUCACUGGUUUCUUAGUUUUAAAUAUAGAUUAAUGAUUGUUCUUAGAAGGGUAAGUAAAAUAAUAACAUUUGAACAAAUGAGCAACUUUUAAUGUAUUUUUAAUUCUCCUUAAGUGUAAGGACUAGAAAAAGAAAAGUUAAAAGGAUGAUUUUUACCAAUAAAGUUUACCAGUAACGUAUGAAAAACUACUGAAUUGUUUAUAGUGUGUGUUUAAACUGCUUGUUCUAAGAGAAGUACAGUAAGUGUUUUGAACAUACUGUGAAAAAUUGUUUGUUUGAGGUUAAUUUAAUAAAAUCAGAACUGUCUAAACUUCUA